AUGGGAGAAUUAAGCUUAGCCCAGCUUCCUUUUACUUCAAACUCGACAAUUAGUGCUUCUGUCAGCAUUAACAAUGUCUUGAAUGAUAGCCUGUUAGUUGAGAUUCUUCAAAGGCUUCCAAGCAUCUCUGUCCUUCGAGCAAAAUCCGUCUGCAAACACUGGUUUUCUCUCCUCUCUGAUCCUUGUUUUCUCCAGAGCUUUGUUCGGUUCCAUGACCAUCAUGCAUUACCUUUCACCCUUGUCUACGAGUUUCAUUUCUGGCAUCGCUGUCUCAGUGAUCACCUUCAUCACAACUUCCAUAUGGUCUCAGAGCACAAGAAGUUUCAGUUGCAAGGAUUUCACCUGGGUUUCCUCCCUUGCUUCCGACCUUGGGAAUCACACCCCAUUUGGGUGGUGGCCUGCCACAAAGACCUCUUAGUUUGCUGUCACCUUAAAAUGUCUUUAUUGCAAGGUGUAUACUACAUCUGCAAUCCUUUAACCAAGCAGUGGCUCAACCUUCCACCUUCCCCAGGCCACCAUAGAGUAGCAGAUACUGCUAUUGGCUUCAUUACUUGUGAAAAAUCUGUUUCUCUAAAUAGCUUCAAGCUGGUGCAAGUCCCUAAACUAGACUCGUGUGUUAGUAAUGGUAACUGCUUUGAGGUGAACGUGUUUUCCUCUGAGGUGGGUGAGUGGAGAAACUUUAAGAUAAGUUCUCCUCAGAGUUUCACGAGGACUUGGCAGUUCAGGCCUGAGUCAAUUACUGUCAAUAACAAGUUUCAUUGGCUGGUGAACAGCUCAAAUAUUGUUGUGGUUGAUCCAUUUGAAUUAGCUGAGGGAUCAUGCCGAGUAAUUGAGCUGCCAGCUGAGUUGAAUCUUGACAUAGGAAUUUGCUUAGGAUUCUGUCAGGAUUAUCUCAGAGUUUGCCAAAUUUCUAGAGGGUGGUCAAAUUGUCUCUUAGUAGUUUGGAAACUCCUAGAUUAUGUUACCGGAAACUGGGACUUGGAAUACGAGACCAGUCUUAAAGAGAUGGCAUUUUUUGAGAAUGUAAGUCUUCAUAAGUUUGGAUUUUCGACAAUGGAGGCGCUGGCUUUCCAUCCAGUUGACUUUGGGAUUUUGUAUUUGAGAUUCAAUAAUCAGAUAGUGAUGUGUGAUGUAGGAAGAAAGACACUGGAAGUGGUCAGUGAGUGUUUGCAAGACUCGAGUUUCUCUGUAGGAACAUGUGGUGUCUUUUUGCUUAUGCAUCCAUGUUGGCCAUCGCUGAUCCCUUCACCCCUGUCCUGA